GCUAGGCUUGCCGUUCUUUUUAAGAACGCCACAGUAGUUGCACCGCCCAUGCUUCUUACCAUUUUCACACUCAAUAGUGUAAUGACUCCAAAUUUUAUCCUGUGGGCGCCCGACCUUCAGCAGGGACCUCGGGAACGACGAGAUGCUCCUGGAGUACGAGGUGAUCUCACUGAGUUUAGAGAAGUACGCGGCGGUCGAGACGAAGUGCGAGGAGUAGGAGGCGAUCGCGUAGGGGUUGAAGCACGUGGAGGCCGCGAUGGUGUCGCUGAGCGAGGUACUUCUGCUGAGGUUCGCGCUGGUGUUGAUGUCGGGCGGGGUUGGAAUGGGGAUGGUGAGUUGGGUGGAGAUGGGAACGUUACCCUACGCGAGCCUGUUGCCAGUGGCGCAAGAUCCUCUGGCGGACUUAGCGGCGAGGAACCACUCUGGUAUGGGCUGUAGCGAAGCGUCCUCCGCAGUACCGUGCUGGAGGGCGAUCGGAACCUCCCGAAAGCUGCUUGAAGAUCGCUAGGAGUAUCUCCAGGAGGUCCUGCCUGAAAGUUCUCGCUUCGUGACGGCGUGCUUCCACCCUUGUCACCAUGGGCAAACUGAAUCUUUUCUUUUGCCGGGGUACCUUUGGGAUCCUGACUGAAUUUUAGACUUUUGGAUACUUCUAAAUUGUUUAAAACGUUUUCAUGU